AAAAUAGAUAACACUAUCAUGCAUGUUAUUUCUCAAUAUUUUGCAACACAAUAUAUAUAAAUUUAUAUACAUAUACAUAUAUGUGUUUGUAUAUAUGGAGAAAAUGUCAAGGAUAGUCCUCCAAAAUGUGAAUAUUAACAAAGUAAGUUUGUUCAAUUUACUAAGACAUUUAAAUACUGCUAAAAACCAAAACCUGAAAUAUAAAUCAAGCAAAUUAGGACAUACCUCUGUCCUGAUUCAAGAAGGUAAUGAAAUAAGAGAACUACCCUUAAUUGUACGUAAUGUAUGUGGUAACGAUAUUUGUACUGACAGUGAUUGUACAAGUGAAAUCAACUCAAAUACUAUGAACCUUAUAGACAAAUUGAAAGAUUUCAAUUCUGAGAGCGACCGCAAAAAAGCUGAAGAAGAAAUUGUAGAUGUUAUUAGAGGUUUUAAAAAAUGCUCAUCAGUUAAAUCACUAAUAGAUUUAUUAGAAAUAGUUAUGUUGGAUGAAAUAACACCUGCAGUAGCACUAUGUGCAUUAAAAAAAAUUGUUGAACUAGAAAAUUUCAAAUUUCAUGUAGCAACUUAUAGAGUUUCGUCGUUUUUAGAAACUAGGACCAAUAUUGAUUAUACAAAAACAACUAUUUUACACAAAUUAUUGCAAAUAAUUUCAAACGGAGAUGAUCAAAAUUCUGUUGUAGAGGCAUUAGAACUAAUACCUCUUGAUCAAGUUAAAGUCUUGCCAUCAGAUGUAUAUAAAAAUAUAUUAUCACAAGAAAUUUUAUGUAGAGUAACAGAAAGUAAAUUAAAUAUAAAUGAAUUAUGCAGAUCAAUUGAUACAUUUUCAAAAUUAAAUGACUUUAAAAAAGCAGAUCAGCUAUGGGUAGGAAUAAUGGACAAAAAUAGUCAAAUUGACGAAAGCAAUAUUAUAACAGUGUUUAGAAUAAUGUAUCUAUUGAAAAAAAGUAGAAAAACUAUAAUGAAUAUGUUAGAAAGAAGAUUUCAAGAUUUUUGGCACAAAUUAAAUGUUGAUGAAUUAAUAGAAAUAAUAUACACAAUGAAAUUAACAAAAUGUGUUUCAAUUAAAAUUUUAGAAAUUAUAUCUAGAUGGAUAAACACUAAUAUUCACACGAUUAGUGAAACAAAUCUAACUUCAAUAGUUAUAGAACUAAAUCAAAUAGGUUAUGUUGACAUUGGUAUUGUAAAGGCUUUAGAAAGAUAUGUUAAAGCCAAACAUAAUGCAAUUAAAAAUCCAUCACUUUUAGUUGAAAUUAUGAAAUACAGUUCAAAAUUCAACAUACAAUCAGAGAAAAUAUUUGAUGGUUGUGCUAAAUACUUAGUAAAUUUUAAUCAACAAUUAAAUCCUUCACAAAUAAGAGAUAUUUUUUGGCCUUUUGGCCAGUUAAAUUAUAAGCCAAAAUGUCCAAUAAAUUUUUGGAAAACUAUAGAAAAUAUUAUGAAUAAAGAAUUUUUUAAUUUUAAAUCACAUGAAACCUUGGAUAUGCUAAUAGCAUGUGUUUUCCUUGAAAAACAUCCAUUAAACUUUAUUCAUAGAGUGUUUAACCCUAGUUUUUUACAGCAGUUAUAUGAUGAAGGAGGACAAAUAGAUCACACUAAAAUGAAAUUGAAACUUAUUGAUCAAUGUAUGACACUCGAGUGUAAGCAUUUCCAAGGACCAGUCUUACCAAGGGAUAAAUCUGCUAAAAGUAUUUGGAUAGAUUUUAGAAUAAAAAAAGUAAUUAAAUAUGUUAGUAAUAAUAUUGAACAUGUAUUUAAAGACUUUAAUAUUUCUUACUCUAUAUUUUUAAGUCAAUUGCCUAUUAUGAGCAUUUAUUUCAUUGAUGCUUUGGUACAUCCCAAAAAUAGUGAAAUUAACUAUAAAUACAUAAAUUUUAAAGAAUAUCCUGGGUUGUGUUCUGCCAUUAUUAUACAUUUACCAGAACAUUAUUGUUGGGAGAGUGAAAAUUUAAUUGGCAUGGAAGAAACAAGAAUUCGUCAUUUCAGAAAAAUUGGAUUAAAUGUUAUAACUAUGAACUAUAACAAAUUAAAUGAACUUAAGUAUCCAGCUGAAAUAACUGAGUAUAUUUUUGAUCGAUACAAAAAUAUGUUAGGUCCACUCUAAUUAUAUACAUAAGUAAUAAAUAUGUCAACUUACCAUUCUGAUAUUAUAUUAUAUAGUAUUUUAUUGUUUACGUCAAAUCUGUUGAAUAAAUUUCAAUACAUUAAAUUUAUAUAAAUUA